CCCGACCUCCCGUCAGUGACGGUCGGGCUCCGCCCAACUACCUCGCCCACACGUACAUACACAGUUUCUUCAAGGUGGUUCUGUCUGACAGCAAGCCACCAACAUUCAAGGUGUUAAAGGUUUACCUUGCACAUGCUGUACAUGUGCCUUCUGUGAAAGGGUGUAUAUACUCUAACCGUUUCUUCUCCAAUUAAAUUGCUGCUGGCUGAUACUGAGAAUGAGUCAAUAUCGUGAACUGAGGGAGCAUUAUGUGCUCCAUGAAACACUCGGGUCAGGUGGGUUCGCUAAGGUCAAGGCAGGUGUACACAAACUGACUGGAGAGAAGGUUGCCAUUAAAAUCAUGGAUAAAGAACUGCUUGGUUCUGACUUACCACGAGCGUUUAGGGAAAUCAAAGCUCUCAAGAAGUUGCAUCAUCAGCACAUUAGUCAGCUCUUCCAGGUUAUAGAGACUCAAAGGAUGAUCUAUUUAAUAAUUGAGUUCUGUCCUGGCGGAGAGUUAUUUGAUUACAUCGUGGCUAAAGAGAGAUUGAAGGAGAAGGAAGCUCGUGCUUUCUUUAGACAGAUUGUUUCUGCACUCAAGUACAUUCACAGUGCUGGAUUUGUUCAUAGAGAUCUAAAACCAGAGAACCUUCUGUUGGAUGAUGACUCAAAUAUUAAACUCAUCGACUUUGGGCUGGUGUCGGAACCAGAAAUUAACGUCACUGGAUUGGACUGUGUGAAGCUGUUGGAAACAUGUUGUGGGUCACCAGCCUAUGCCGCACCAGAGUUGAUCAAGGGAGGGCCAUACGUGGGUCCACGUGCUGACAUCUGGAGUCUGGGUGUGCUACUGUAUGCUCUACUCAAUGGUUUUCUACCCUUUGAUGAUGACCACACUCCCAGACUGUACCAGCUGAUUCAGCAAGGAGAGUAUGAGAUCCCGGAAUGGCUCACUCCAGGAAGUGUCGGCAUGAUAUCAAGACUGCUCCAGACCAAUCCGUUGGAAAGAAUCACGGUGGAUGCUCUCAUGAAGGACUCCUGGGUUCAAAGAGGUUACGGAAAAUCAGUGGAUUGGAAGUCAAGAGUGAAUGUGUCAGAGUUGGACGCAGAAUGUGUGACUGAGAUGGCACGUCACUUUCAGCAGGGGGAGGAGAGUAUGUGCGAGAGCAUUUUAGAGUGGAAAUACGGUGAGGUCACAGCUACUUACCUCCUUCUGGUCCAGAAGAAGAACAGAGGAUAUGCUCCAACCAUUGUUUACUCACCCAGGAUGCCGAGGAACCAGUCAGGCAGUACCAAUGACAGCAGUGCCUCUAGCGUCUCCACGAGUGACUUCCCUCUGGCUUAUGUGUCUCAAAUUGCAGACCCUGCCUCUGACACUGCGACCCCCGCUGAACCCGAGGUGCCAGUAUUUACCCAGCUCCCAGCUCCAGUUCCUUCCGUACGGACAAGACGAAUCAGCUUGGGGCAACAGAACCACCCCCCUCCUGGUGAACUGCUGACCUUGCAAAGACUUUCCAAAGCACCGCACCCAGCUAUCUCUGCUAUUCAAGAUGCGGAGAGAAUGAGUGAGCCUGCAUCUCCUAAGAAGAAGAAGCCCCCCCAUCUCCCAGUAGGACCCACCCCCUCUAUGCCUAUCUCACAGACUAGUAGUAUGUACUUCAAUGAGCAAGCUCCUCAGUCAGCAAAGGUCCCCAAGACACAGUCGUUUGAGUCCAGACUCCAGUAUGCUGUGGAAGAUCAAAAGGCUGCCACUCUCCAGAACGGUUCACCAAAGCCCAGAAGAACAAGGAUCGGUAGCUUUGACUUCUUGAAUAAGGUGAAGAAAGUGUUUAGAAGACCGUCUGAGACUGCUGGGACAGCUAGUCCUAGAAAAGUCAAGGGAGUGUACGACAUCUCCACCACCUCGAGGAAGGACACCCAGGAAGUGAUGGAGGAGUUGGAGCAUGCCCUCACGCAGCUCAAUGUUAACUUCAAAAAGGAAGGGUAUGUGAUGAAAUGCUCGGUCAACAGUCACAAGAUGAGCACUAACCACCGUGGGAAGAUGACGGAGAUAAAGUUUGAGCUGGAGGUGUGUCUACUGCCAAGACUGGAGAUGUUGGGCGUUCGCCGUAAGCGUAUUCGUGGAGAUGUUUGGGAGUUUAAGAGAGUCUGUGAUCUGAUCUUCAAGGCUACUCAUCUCUAACUGUCCACCCUCACUUGUUUUUUGUUUUUUAGAAAGUUAUACAACCGAACUAUACAGUUUUUACUCUUUUUUUAUGUAGCAAACAAUGCACCGUAUAAUUGUAGAAUAAUAAUUGUACUGUACAUGUAUAGACAUAAUAAUACAUCUCUAUUUCUCAAAAAUUAAUAAUGAUAUAUACCUACUCUA